AUGCAGGUCCCGCGCGACGGCCUGGUGGCCAAGCUCCAGAAGCUCAGCCAGAGCCAGCAGUCGAUCGAGUCGGUCUCGAGCUUCUGCGUCUUCUACCAUAAAGACGCCCGCGGCGUCGUGAACAUCUGGGAGGAGGAGUUCUUCAAGGCCCCCAACGACAGGAAGAUGGCGCUGCUGUACCUAGCAAACCACAUCCUUCAGGAGGGGCGCCGCAAGGGCACCGGCUUCCAGGACGAAUUUUACCGGGUGCUGCCCAAGGCGAUGCAGCACGCGCUCGGCGGCGGCGACGAGCGCGUCAAGCGCGCGGUCUCGCGGCUGGUCGCGAUCUGGGAGGAGCGGCGGGUGUUUGGGACGCGGCACAUCAAGUCGUUCCAGGGGCUGGAGCUGCCCAUAUCGGGGGACCUGGCCGCAGUCACCACCAUCAGCGGCCACCUGGAAGCCUACGAGUCGGCGCUGCAGCGGGAGCUAGACUCGCGCCGCGCCGCCGUCGCCGCCCUACAGUCGGCCGUCCGCGCGCAGGAGGAGGCCGUCGCUGCCGCCGCCGCGCAGCUGGGCGCCUGCGGCGCGCAGCGCGAGCAGCUGCGCGCGCGGAUGGGGCAGCUGUCGGCCGGCCUGGUUGCGGGGCUGCAGGGGCUGCCGGGGAUCGCCGGGCUAGGAGGCCCCGCCGCGCCCGCUGCCGCGCCCGCCAGCGCCUCCGUGGAAGCGCCGCCGCCGCCACCGCCGGCGCAGGCCCCAGCCGCCGCCGUGGGCAGCCCCGAGGCGCCGGCGAUGGAGGUGGACAUGGAAGAUGACUACGAUGAUGACGGCGCCGCCCUCACAGGGUUGGAAGGCACCCCCGAGCAGCAGCGCAGUGCGGCCGCCGCUAGCGGCGGCGGGUACACGGCGGCGCCGGCGCCCGCGCCCGCCGCGGCGCCGCCGCUGCUCGCGGACGCGCUCAGCAAGCUGCCAGAGGGGGAGCGCGACAGGCUGGGGUUCGACCUGGAGGCGCUCAUGAAUUCGGGGCUGCUGGCUGGCGGCGGCAACGGCGCCGGCGCCGCCGUCGCGGGCACGGCGGGCGGCGGCGGCGGCGGGUAUGGGGACGGCGCGUUUGCGGAUGAGGGGGACGAUCCAUAUGACCCAGAGGACCCCUUCUAA